GGAGCAUUGAACAUAUUUUAUUUGAAAUACGAUUGCUAGAUUGAGUUCAUAUCAGGAAAGACUUCAAAUAUUCACAAAAAGGAAUAACAGAAUGGCUUCUACAUUAGCAUCAGCCAUAGUAAACCUGCAUUCAAGGUCGGACAAAAUUAUUGAGACUACAUUACGCCUUCAUGAAAAAGAGAUAAUGAAAGAAAUUCUUCCAUUGGUUAGAGGAAAUAUUACAUUGGGACUCGAGGUCGAACACAUAGGGCUAGGAAUUCUAAAAAGUAUACUUGAAAUAGUGUAUACACCUUUGAAGACUAUCGCCGCAAUUGCGAUAGCGCACCCUUGGUUGUUUACGACAUGCAUGAGCAUGUUUGCGAUUCUUGUGACUGGUAUCGUCAUAAAGUACAGGCACGAAAUUCGGGAACUUAUUAAAAGUAAUAUCCACCCAGCGUAACUUAAAAAAGUUCACCAAACUCCAGGCGCAAGAUUAAAGAUGUUCAUAAAAUGUAGACUAUGUUUAUUUUCGUUGUGUCUGACCCAUUGUUUUCUAAAGAAUAUUAUAAUGAAGAUGACGUUUAUUUUGAAAAGUGUACAAUUAGUGAUAAACGUUUGACCAUGAAUGUAUUUAUGCACACAGCUUGUAUAAGGUAUAAUAACUUUAUUUUUUGCCAACUGGUUUAUUUUAUGUGACCGAAAUUAUAUUUAUAAUAUUAUUUUUUGAAGUGAGAACAAUGAUUAUAGAAAUAGAGAAUGCCACAUAUCGAAGAUUUGAGGAAAAGUAGACCAACAGUUUAGGAAAUAUUUUAAGUACAAAUCGUUCAAUAAAUCACAUAAGAUACUACUUGUUGAAUUUCAUGAAUAUUUCGGCUCAACGUUUGCAGAUACCUUGUUUGAUACCAAUGACUUAAGUCAUCCAAAUAAGGUCUUAACAAAACUGGAUGAUGCUAUUUCUUUUUAAGAAAUAAGAAAUGCUUUUGAAACAUUGAAAUGAUUCUAAACCUAUGAAAAUGAUUAUAUGUUAAAGAAAUACUUUAUUCAAACUGCAAAUAUACUGUCUUCGCAUAUAUGGGAUGAUUAUUAAGUGUAGUACUGACCA